UGUUAGUUAAAGCUUGUUAAUGUCAGACACUACCUUAUGUUUGGAUUUAAACUCAUGUACCUGUGUUUGUUUUAAACAUAUAGGUCAAUUCUAGGUUAUGAAUAUUAACAUCAGUGUAUAGCGGCUAUGAUAACAGUGUUGUUAAAUAUGUUAAUUAAAACUUAUGAAACAUGCCAUGUAAUUAACGUGUGGUCACGGAAUGUGCAUUGGGUGUUUAUAGUCACUGGCGAAAAUUGAGAAGUGAUUGCAAAAUAUUUGUCCUGUUCGAUAAGAAAAAUAUGGUUCUUUUAUACUAAUUUUCAUCAAAUACAAAAAGAACUUGAGAUGAUUAAUAUGAUAAAAGGGCUAAUUUAGGGUUAUCUUGCUUACCUUUUCAGAAUGUCCUUACAGUUAGAAUUUUUGUGCAUGGAUAUAUAUCGUAAACAUUUCAUCCUAAUUUUUUUUUCUCCUGUUAUCAUAUUGUGAAGCUAUACCAACUACCAAAAGCUGUUGUAUCAACAACAAUCUCUAAUGUUGGUGAUGUCAUUGUAAUCUUUGUUUUUAAAUAGUUUAUGAAUUAACUUAGUUUUUAUAUGGAAUUGUAGCAUAUCUUAACAUGGAAUUAUAGUCUAAAAGAAAAAUAAAUAAAAUGGAAGAAGAAGGAGGUUACGAUUAUGAGGUGUCUUCUGAAAUAACAAACGAAUUAAAGUGCAUGAUAUGUUUGAGAUUGAUGAAGAAUCCAUUACAAUUGGCAUGUGGACAUGGAAUGUGCAAGUCUUGUUUUGAUAAACUUGUUGUAGAUGCAGAAAAAAGGUAUGUUGACAUACAAUGUCCAAUCUGUAGGACCACAUUAGAGAAAGAUGAGGUAUUUUGUGAUAAAAUGAUAAACAGAGUAAUCUUGUCAGUAAAAGUUAAAUGUCAACAUGCUAGCAAAGGUUGUGAAUGGAAUGGAACUGUCGACGAAGUGCAGAAUCAUUUAGGAAAAAAUUGUGAAUAUGAGUUGCUAACAUGCCCUUAUGAAGGCUGCAACAUGGCUUUACAGCGUCGUUUGUUAGAUGAGCAUGAACGGCAGUGUCUUUACAGAUUACACAACUGCGGACAUUGUGAAAAGCCUAUCGUUUUUAAAGAUUUAGAGGAACAUCUUAAAUUAUGUGACUUUUUAAUCUUACCAUGUCCCAAUGGUUGUUCUGGGUACACAGCUCCUCGUGUACAGAUGAGGGACCACAUUAAUACGACUUGUAAAUAUCAAAUUGUUCCCUGUACAUUUGCAUUUGCUGGCUGUAAAUCACAAAUUCAUCGUGAAUUCUUGGAAAGGCACAAACAACUUUCAACAAAGUACCACUUAGAAAUUGUAAUGUCUGAAAACAAAAGACUCCAAGUGGUAAAAGCGAACGUUGAUAAACAUAUUCAAGCAGAAAUAACAUGGUAUUCUGAAAAAAUUAUUUGUGUGAUAAAAAAGGUUGUUGAACCUGACAAAUUAAAAAAAAUAAUGUCAAGAAUUGAUAAAAAUGUUCAUGAAUGUCGAGUGAACUUUGCUGACAUUGUGAGCCAAUUUGAUCAAGAUUUUUGUUUAUUAAAAGGUGAAUUAAAGAGCUUGCAUGACUUUCUUGAACACGAGAAAACGAAAAUUAGAGAUCUUGUUACAGGUUUUUUGUACGAUAUACCCCCUUGUUUGGUUACCGAACACAUUGAAACUAUGAAAGAGGAAAUAUUUCCACCACUGUCUUCAUGGCAAACAAUUAACGAAGUGACAUCAGAGAAUCUUAAUUUGUACAAAGAAGAUUUGCGAAUGCAGUUAGAAGAAAAUUUAAAGAAAUUACCUACUGUUUGUCCUCAUGAAAGAUUUCAUGCAAUGCUUGAAUUAAUGGACUUACAAAAGCUUUAUGUUUUUAAAACAUUUGCCGUUUGUAAGUGUGAUUUGGAAAUUGAAUAUGAGGAAGGCCUUUUUACAUGUAUUUUGGACACAACUAACUUUGGAAUUCAAAAGGUAGCUAAAAAACAUGUGGAUUGUAUUCACUAUAAAAGGUUAGGUAUGUUUAGACAAAACAUUAAUGAAAUCAUCGAAGCAAGAUAUGAAGAAGAUGUUGAUUUGUUUCACUUUGAUGAAAAUGUGGAUGAACUGAAGGCCCAACGUUUUAUCGAACAUGAUGUAUUUCUUUUAAAGUUAUUCCAUUAGUAAAAUCUAAUCUGAUUAUUGUUCUAUAGAAAAUUAGUGUUGUGUGUAUCAUUUGGUUUUAGUUCUGACCUCCAAUAGGUGAAAUGUUUUGUAUGUCUUAGAAAGAAGACAGCACUACUGAAAGUUAAAGGUAUAUUCUAUCUUUGGUUGUUGAAGAUGCAACUUUUAUUCUAUGCAGAAAUUUUACCUAGUGGAGUGAAAACUUCUUUUUUAAAUUAGAAGGGUUUUGAACAAUUUUAAAAA